UGGGCGCACGGAGGCACUGGAAGCGGGACUGGACAUAUUUUUGUUUAUAAUACAUUUUAACUAAACCCCGAUUGCGGCAAGAGUGUGCACCGAACGGAGUACGACGCACCGUCACCGCGUAGGAAAAGCCCCCGCACACGGAUGCCGUUUGGUGCCCUGCUGACCGUGUGAAAAACAUACAUCCCCAAUUUACUCCCUCCCACCCCCCACACACAUACACAUACCCAUCACUUUACGGAAAGUGUUGCAAGAAAGGAACGGAGCAAAGCCGAAGGGAAAAACAAAACAUAAAAGCCUUCCAAGGGAGAAAGAAGGAGAGCGCGUACAGUGGUGUGUGGAAAAGCGAAAGCGCUUGGUACCAAGCACACACGCACACACACGGCCAUCGGUGAAGGAGACGGAAGAUCGGCGUUAAAUCUCAGCGCUGCGUGAGUGCAAGAGCAGCAUAAGGAAAGACGCUCGCGUGUGCUAGAGCGAGAGCAAGCACGCGAAAGAAACGACAAGGGCCCGAAAGAAGCACAGAGCCAGAGCCUACUCAUUCCAUCAAAAAGAUCCGUCAAAACCUUCCGUCGGAAAUUGUGUGUGUGUGAUUUUUUUUUUGUUGGGAUUCCAUCGUGUAAAUAUACUCUAAACUAGACUCCCGGUAUUAGAGAAGAACGAAAAACACGUUACUACGGACCAAUUCUUUAAUGGCAAGUGGUUCUAUUUGAACGCGCGACGCCCGGUGGCUUUUAAGUUUCUCCGAACGUGUUAGCGUUUCGGAAGGUCGCGUCGUAUUGUCACCAUUCCACGUACAGUUAUUUCCGCAAAACCUGGAACAGCGAGGGCUCGGCAAUAUCGGGCUACGUAAACAAAUCCCUACUCUCAAAGUCGGCGGCAAGCCACAAACAGCUGCACUUUGGAUUGAUCUAGUGUGUGCUUUUAUUUGUUGCUGAUUUACCGGAUCAUUGAUAACUAUUGCUUGCCGGUUACACGAUGGAGAUGGAUCCGCUACAGACACAGAUUCAAACAGAGCUUCCCUUCUGUCGGUUGUGCUUUUCACAAGCGUGCGAUUUGUACGAGUUGUUCCCGGGCGCAGGAAAUGACAAUGAAUCUCUACUACUGAAGAUACUCGAGUUGUUAAACGUCGCGAUAAACUUCGAUGAGGACCUAAACUCGUACAUAUGUGGCAAAUGCGUAACGAUGGUGGAGGAUUUCUUCGAGUACAAGGAGAAGGUGAAGGAAAACGAUCUGCUGUUGCGCGAGAAGCGCAAAUCGGUCGAUCAUGCGACGGCAAUCUACAACGUCGUCAGCAUGCAGCCGGACGCAACGAACAGUAGCGCCUCGAACGGAGCGACCGGCGCGGGCAGUGGUUCCGAGCUCGGUGCGGGCGGUAUCGAUGAACCACACGUUGGAAUCGAUCAGCGCAUCUCGAUCGACGGUGGUCCGCCACUGAACGGUAACAUAAUCGAGUUUAAGAAGCAACUGUUCACUGCCUCACCGGCCCAGAUCGGUAUCUGGUUGUGCGUUGCGUCCGGCAGUGACAUCCAGUGUCCGGCCGCGAUCGAGGUGGACGAUAACAUACAGGUGGUGGCGGAGAUAGGGCAACACAACCAUGGGCUGCCCGUCUCGGUGCCGGAAAAUCCGCCCGAAACGACACCGACCAAACAGCAGUCCCAGCACCAACAGCCACAGUCCCACCAUCAGACACAGCAUCAUCAGCACACGCAGGAACACCAUCCACACGAGGAGGAUACGAUCGUGGUGACGACAGAUGGAACGCCAGCUAUUUUAUCUACCAGCACCGGCUCACCGGUUAUCGCGAACAGCUCAUCCCGCGCCGGUGUUGGCGGCCCCGGCAGCAAAGCAUCCUCGACCUCGUCUUCGGCGAAGAAGAAAAAAGCACGUGACCAACCAUCGAAGCGCAAGGUCUCGAACGACAUACUGGUCGGCGAUGGGUGGCUGACCGACGUCACCACGUACAAGCGCAACCACUACCAGCUCGUUACGAAAGAUGGCUACCAAACGUUUCUCAUCUACAACGGGUACCGGUUCCGGACGCAGCAAAAGAUCCGUAACGGUAUAGCGGCGUGGAAGUGUGCGUGGAACGGACGGAAAGGUUGCCAGGCGAUACUGCACAUCACGGAGGACUACCAGAAGGUGCGGGAGGUCGGUUCACCCCACAACCACGAACCGUCGUUGCGCGAUCGGAUCAUCUCGAACAAACCGACCAACGGGAACACAUCGGACCAGAGCCUCAUCAUGCAAUCGGACAGUGAGGAGCUGAGCGAGAUGCACAAAAUUACGGCCAGCACGAGUGUCGGUUCGACGAGCGGUGCCGGCGGUACGCUAGCGGGCGAAACGAUAACGUUGGGCGGUGGUGCAACCGUGGUGGCCAUCACCACAACCGGUGGGAACGCUUCCGUGAACAGUAGCACCUCGACGACGGCCAAUGCCACGCUAGACCUUACCUCGGAGAUGGAUUUCGUGCAGCAGAGCAGUAACAGUGGCAGUGAGCUGAUCACCACCACCACCACGACUAGCACGUCCGGUGGGUCGUCCUCCUCGUCAGCUGACCCGCAGAGUGGUGGUGCGGCGACGGGGCACCAUACACAGCACCAUCAUCACCAUCACCAUCCACAUCAUUCAUCGCAUGAAGUGGUGGGCGUGGUGGACGAAGUGGUCGGCAAGGACGACACAACCAUGUCGAUGGAUAUAGAGGAAAUCAUACGCCCGCACGUGGUACUGCAUCCUAACAGCGAGUAGUCGGGCGGCCAUCGAUGCGAAAAAAAGGAAACAAAUUGUGGCCCCGCCAUUUUAAUGCCACCACCAAUACGUUCGCCGUCAUGCACAUCCCGCCUCCCGUCAAUGCUCCAAGAUGUCGCACGGGGAUGGAAUGGCAGACCACCCGGAUAAAGCAGAUCUGUCGUUGAGCUAUGUUGUGGAGCAGUAAUAAACUGUCGCUUUUCGCAUAUCGAAUGAUUCUGUGGCGAGUGCUGUGGGUAGCGCUCUCCCCACACGGGACGGUAUGUUGUGGGUAAGUGUCGCGAAUCAGGCGGUAAAUGGGACAUGUUUGAUAGCAAGAAAAAAAAUGUAAAAAAGCCGCGCAUUAGCAGUUAAGGGAUCUCUCCUGCGAGGGAGGUGUUAGAUUGGAUUAUUUUAGGGGUGGCCUUUUUUUUCUUCCUUCUUUUGGACAAAAUGCUCUUUGGUUGAUGGCGGUGGGGCACAGCUACAUUACGCUAUUAUAUGUAAUUUGUUCGUUUUAUUUUUGCAUAAGUACAUAAUUGUGUAAUCCCCUAUUUUUCAAACCUCUCCCAAAAAAACAUACACGAGACACCAUUGUGAGGACAGACGCCAUUCUUAUUACAACCAAAUCCUUAUGCUGGUCGGAAUCACACGCACAGCAGGAUACUAUGGUGUGAUAAGAAUGGUAGAUUAAAAAAAAAACAAACAAACAUUGAAACAAAAAUCAUUAUGUAAUACACACACGCUCGCCAUCUCCCUUACGAGGAAUGAUCAAGCUAGGCUAGGGACACAGGGUGGAUAUUUCCUUCCCCAUUUUUUUUUAACAAAAAAAUCAGUUUGUAUUAAUGACGCGCGUUUUAUCUUUUACCAUAUUCCCACCCAACCACCGUUCUCCACCAUAACCCCGCCCGAAGGUCCUUUUUCUUUAUUUCUCUUAGACCGUAAGUGCAAAAAUUGUCAUAGGUAGGCGUUAAGAAGGAUGUGAAGAAAUAUAUACAUAUAGUUAUAUAUAUUAUAUACAUAAAUGCAAAACAGAUACAGUUAAGGAUUGAUUGUACACACACACACCCGCUCCUUUUUCGCCAAAAAACGAGUCACACCACCACGGACGGUGGUCCCCUCGUUUUGCCCCACACCACACACCUUUCCCCGGCCCAUUAUUAACACAAUAAAUCGGUCAAAUCAAUCGGUCAUUUAGCUAAAAAAAACCCCAUCUAGCGGAUGUGUAUUCGGACGAGAGAAAUGGAUAUCAAAAAAACGUCUGUAAGCCGUAUUUCACAUAUUACACACCGUAGAACCGAUGAUUAAUAAUGAGUUUCACAUUCUAUAUUUUAAUUCCCUUAAUACUCUACUGUCGCGUCAUACUGUGAGCGUCGAACUGUCGAUUUGUCUGGACGUCUCGAGGGACGCGAACAAUUUGUCCUAUCGUUUCGAAAUAAGUAGUAUUAUUUACUGUUUGUUUUUGUACGUUCAUCCAACUACUGCUAGUUUAAACUUCAUGGUUUUGCUAAUGUACACGUCAACACGGACACCACCAUCCACAACCCUCACACGUUUGCUUCCUUUCUGAUUCGCCUGUAAAACCUGUUUUCUUCCAACAAAUCGUUCGCACAUAAUAAUAGUUAUCUGUAAAUAUAUUCAUAU